AUGCUUAAACUGAGGAGCAUCUGCACGACCCUGAUCGGGGGGAAGGUGUACAACAUAAACGGGAAGACGAUCAGGGAGGAAAAGUUGCUGUCUGAGGGGGCCUACUCAUUCGUAUAUCUCGCCAAAGAUUUAAACACAAACAAAUCUUAUACAAUAAAGAAGACAAUAUGCCAAGACAAGGAGAAGCUACAAAUGGCAGAGAAGGAAAUUCACAUUCUGAAAAGUUUACCUCCACAUAAAAACAUCGUCCAAUAUUUCGGAUCGACAAUCAUAAGUGAGAACGGCAACAAAGUAGUGCUCAUGUUGAUGGAGUUUUGCGAGAGAGGAAAUUUGCUAAAUAUAUUUGAAAAAAAUAAAGACAAAAUAAAGGAAAAUCAUAUAGUGAAAAUUUUGAAAGAUAUAGUGAAGGGGUUAAAUUUUUUACACACGCAGGAGGUACCCAUCAUACAUAGGGACAUAAAAUUGGAGAAUGUCCUCUGUGAUAAAAAUGGAGUGUAUAAAAUUUGUGACUUCUGUUCACAUAGUGUGUCCAACUCGUUUUACCCAAAUGAUUUGACGAAAAAUUCACUAAACGUCUUGAAGGAGGAGAUCGAAAGGGAUACGACGUUUAUAUAUAGACCUCCCGAAUUAAUUGACUUGUAUGCCAAUAGAGAGAUUUCCUCCAAAGUGGACCUUUGGAUGGUUGGUUGUAUUUUGUAUUUGCUUCUUUUUAAAGUGCAUCCUUUUCAAAAUGAGCAGAACAGCCUACUCUCCAUAAUAAAUGGAAGCUUCACCAUUCCCUACCAUUCUAAGUACUCAAAAAAGAUCAUGUCUAUUUUGCUAAUGACGUUGAAUAAGAACCCACAGAAGAGACUAGAUUCUACAACCCUUUUGUUCAUUUUGGAAAAUUACGCAGACUUGAAACUUUGGUUUAUGCACAUCCCCAGUGAGGUUAAAAAAAUGGUUAACCAAAUUUCCGAAAAAAUUAAUGAACUGAAUUUGAACAACAAACAGAAUGAGAUGAUCGAAAUAAGCAACGACCGUAUUUUGGAUGUGAAGAUCUCCUCCUAUAAAUACGAAACGAAGGUGCCUAAAACUGCCCCCAGACCCUUCUUCAAGUUCUUCACCCCGAGCGUGCUGGCCAAUGAUCCCUUCAGGAAAAAGGCGUCUCAACCGAGUGGUCCUUCCAAGGUGGAUGAUACCACCAGUCAACAGAAUGGUACAACCACCCAACAGAAUGAUAACACCACCCAACAGAAUGAUAACACCACCCAACAGAAUGAUAACACCACCCAACAGAAUGAUAACACCACCCAACAGAGUAACACAACUCAACCGAGUAACGCGACCCAACAGGAUGAUAACACCACCCAACCGAGUAGCACCACGAAGGAAGCCCAACUGAUCAGCAUCGGAAGUUCAGACAGCGUGGACAACCUUGGGGGCGCCACUCAGAAGGAAUUGAGUGCGGAUUUUCUGAACCUGAACGGGGACACCGUCCAAUCGGAGGAGCAACAACGCGUGAUCCAAGACACCAGUUGGGAGAAAAACAGCAUCCUGAAGGACACAACUUUGGAUAGCGAGAUGAACACGUUUGAUUUCGACACCGGGUUUGGAAGCGACAGCGGAGGUGCAGUCACAGAUCCAAUCGCAAAGAAGCAAUCAUCCAUUCCAAUGACCAGUCAGGUGGCCAACUUAAACGGAGGCCCCAAGGCAAACCCCAGUCAGGGCCCAACCGACUUCGACGAAUUCUUCGACCCCUGGAGCGCCUCCAAAGGAGACAACUGGCCCGUGGCGCCAGGAGGUGAACCAACUCAGGAUGGACACUCAGAAGGAACCAAUUACGACCUAUUCGAAAAAGAUCUAGCCAAUUUUAAGCAUAUCAAUUUUUUUAAAGACGCAACGAAUAAUGAGCCCUUUAAGUAUACACCCAGUUUGGACGAAACAAACUUCACAAAGAACAGCACCGACGCGACGAACGAUACGCUCCACAGUAUAAACAAUUACGAAGAUUUAGAAAACGUGGAAAAUUAUUUUCCUUCCUAUGACGGAGUCAGUUGGGGGAAGGAAGUGGAUGUUUCUUUCAGCACGAACAUAGACGUCUUCAAUGGGGCCCCGUAUGACCCAUCCGGCAAGUUCAUAGCGUCGGAUAAAAAUGACAAAUUUUCAGAGCUCCUGGAGGAGUUCCAAAAGUGUUCCAUUUGA